AUGACGCCCGUCCAGCAAAAGUACAUGCAAGAAGCCGCGAAGCGCAAAAGGCCGGAAGGUACGCAGCAAUUUCAGCAACUGCACUUCAGCGACAACGACCGACUCCGCGGUCUCGUCCACGAUCCGUUUGCGGACCACGAUGCGCUCGACAAACUUCCCCUGCCAAUCCAGUCAGGCGACCGCAUCAAGUUCCUGAUCAUGGGCGCCGGAAUCGGGGGUAUUUUGAACGCCGUGAGGCUCGUGCAGGCAGGCUUCGCCCCCGAUCAGAUCGUGCUUGUCGAAGCGGCCGGUGGACUAGGCGGAACAUGGUACUGGAAUCGCUAUCCUGGACUUCACUGCGAUGUCGAAUCAUACGUCUACAUGCCUCUAAUCGAAGAGAUGGACUAUGUGCCGAGCCACAAGUACGCAUCAGGCGUGGAGAUUCGUUCCUAUCUCACGCAAGUGGUCGAGCGAUUCAGACUAUCCGAUAGGAUCCUAUACCGCACACAGCUCAAUGGCCUCCAGUGGGAUGGCAGUAUGCGCGCCUGGAAGAUCGACAUGACGACCAGUCGGGGGCCAGGGGGUAGAGACAAAAGUGCCUUUUGGGUCAAUGCCGAUUUCGUCAUCCUCGUCUCCGGCCUCUUUCCAUAUCCCCAAGUACCUAAGAUUCCCGGACUCACCGGCUUUGAAGGCUCCAUGUUCCACACUUCGCGCUGGGACUACAGUGUCACCGGCGGCUCCAGCGAUACGCCCUUCCCCGCUCUAGACAAGCUGGCAGACAAGCGUGUCGGCAUUAUUGGAACUGGGGCAACAGCCAUUCAGGUUGUACCAGAGGUCGCAAAGUAUGCGAAAGAGGUGUACGUCUUCCAGCGUACCCCUUCGCAGGUGAAUUCGCGGGGACAGCGCGAGACAGAUCGAACGGAGUGGGCCGAACGCAUAGCCACAGGUCCAGGUUGGCAGAAGCGGCGCAUGGAAAACCUAGCUCAGCUCCUGUGCCACCACGACACGCUGGAAGGAGUGAAUCUCAUCGACGAUGAGUGGUCAAAACUGCAGGCGUAUUGCGCUCUGAUGGGAAGUACCAAGUUUGGUACCAUCACGCCUGACAAGGUCCAGGAGCAUAUCGCGACCAUGUACACACUGGAUGCGGAGCACGCCGAAAAGGUCAGACAGCGAGUCUUAGACAUUGUCAAGGACAAGGAAAUCGCCGAGAAGCUGACGCCCUGGUACCCAACCUGGUGCAAGCGGCCGACCUUCAGCGACCUCUAUCUAGAGGCCUUCAACAAGCCCAACGUGCAUCUAGUAGACACGGCUGGCAAAGGUGUCGACAGCGUCACUCCCCAUGGGAUCGUCGCCGGCGGUCAAGAAUACCCCAUCGACAUCCUCAUCUUCUGCACCGGCUAUCGCUCCCCUGGUUACGCACACGGCAAUCCCGCCGCAAGCAUGGGUAUCGAGAUCAUGGGCCGCGAAGGCCGUAGUCUGAAUGAGAAGAUAACUUCACAGGGCGCAUCCAGCCUGCACGGAUGCAUCUCCAACGGCUUCCCCAACCUUUUCUGGAUGGGUGUCUCGCAGGCUUCCGCAACCGCAAACUAUACGCACACCCUCGACGUGAUGAGUGCGCACGUGUCGUCCAUCAUAGCGACUGGCCAUGACCGCAUGGGAAGCAAACAGCAGCACGGCGUUGUCAUUGAGCCUUUAAAAGACGCGGAGGAGGCGUGGGCUAUGCGGCUUAUGCAGGGCGCGGCUUAUUUUGCUUCGGUGGCGGUGUGUACGCCGGGGUACAUUACGUUAGAGGGUGAGAUUCUGGAGAAGAUGGGAGAUGCGGUGGCGGGAAUGAAGCGCGCGAGGGGUUCGCAGUGGAGCGAGGGGAUUGUUUCGUUUACGAAGGAGCUGGAGAGGUGGAGGGGCGAGGGGAUGGGGGGUAUUGAGGUGGGCGCUGCGUAG